AUGUCGACGGCUGACAGGUCGGUUGAUCUGCUCAACAUCGUCGUCCCAUACGUCCUCACUGCCCAGCCCGAUGCCAGCACGGCGACAGCUCUGUCUCGGACGAACAAGCAGACCCGCCGGCUCGUCAGCCUGAUCGCAGGCCGGACCAUCGAGCUCGUCCUUCUAGGCGAAGUUCAAGCUGAAGGAGGAAAGAUCGGGGUCGGAGUGGAAGUGGAAUGCAAGUUUUGGGAUCCGGUCGCGGGGAAAGAAAAGGCCAUGACGGUGGACGGAUUAUCAGAUGAGGAUUACGGACGAUUCAAAAAGGUGGUGAUCCGACCUCCCAACCCCUCGUUAGAUCGGUACAGCACAAUGUUCAUCCCAGCGAAACGAGACAACGCAACCGAGACGACUGCAACUGCUGCCACGCAGGUGGCAUCUAUGGCCGAUCGAAAGGAGACGCAGACCAACCUCCUUCUCCAGUUCUUUCGCGCUUUGCAACGAUGCAAGGGAGAGACGAAGGUCCACGAGACAGGCGCAGGAGAAACGAAAAGGGAAGCACUCGACCUGGAGUUGGGGUUAUGGACGGGAUUGAGUAACGAGGUCUGGCAGUCAAUCAUUUCUCUGCCAAACCUGUCAAGCCUCGAGUUGCUCAACCCCACUUUACCUCUUCCGAACGCCCUUCGCCCAGUAGAGAUCGGCAGCUCAGGCUCUGGACCGGGAUCAGGUUCAGGUGGGAGGUACACGCCAUUCUUCGUCAAGCCUCUCGUUUGGCCCGAGGACGAUACGGGACGGGAGGAAAAAAACGGAUCUUGUCGCAGGGAUGAGCCAGGAGAGACGCACGAGACAAGGGAUCGAGCGAUGGGGAAAGGAUUGAAAAGGUUGGAACUCGACAAUCUCAGCCAAGUCGGGACAAAGAACCUGGUCAACCACCUUAACAACCUGUCCGAAGUCGUCCCUUCUUCUCCCCUGACUCACCUUAGCGUACACACAUUGUUCUUCGACUCUACGCUCUGCACAGCGAUUGCCUCGAUCGGAAGUUGUGGCGGAUUGAAGACGCUGCGGAUCGGGACUAGAGGAACCAAGUUGUCUAGCGCGGGGGUCAAGGAGAUGGUCGAAGCGUGCGUCGGCUUGGAGAGGCUCGAGCUGGAUGGCGUAGAGGGAAGGCUUGCCAGGACGCUUUGGAAGGAUAUCGAAGAGUUUCCGGAAGGACUGAGGGAGCUAUGGACGCUCGACCACCUGGCCUCGUUGCCUCACGUUCCGAUCGAGAACCUCUGCUCGCUAGAAAUCACGCGUUCUGUACCGAUCGCUGCGGCUAUGCCUUUUCUACCCUCAAUCAAGCAAGGUGAUACGCCGGUGCAGAUUCCGAAAGUCAACGAUCUGUGUCGGUCUCAGCCGAUUCCGGAGGAGAUAUUUCAAGCCAUACUGGACAAGGGGAAGAAGUUGACGAGGCUGAACUUGGACUGGUGGGAGAUUGAUGAGGAGAGACUGGCCAAGCUGGUCAAGACGCUGACGGGGCUGGAAGAGUUGACUGUCAGAUUGGAUUUCCCCAUAUUCCGACUGAUCACCGUUACGGCCUUCCCCUCGACUUCCAGACUGGAGCGCCUUCGCGUUUCAUUCGUGCCAACAGCCGAUCUAUGCUGGGAGAUGGACGCCACCAAGGUCAGUGGAAGGACGACCAAGACGGCGCCGCUCAACAAGGUCGCGAAACCCCCCGAUAUCCUGGAACGCGCACUCGAAGGCUUGCCGCAAGAGCUUGUUGAAUCGCUACAAGCGCCUGACAGCACGAUUCCAGCGUCAAAGGAGAUCAAAAAGUUUGCUCGCAAGUUGCCCCGUCUCGAACGCCUCGAAUGGCUCGGCCGUGAAGGUAAAGGGUCGUGGACCGUCGUCAAGCCGAGUGCUGAGAAGAAGGGAGGUCUGAUGACUGUCGAUUUCGAGCACGCCGGGCUGCGAUAUUCAGGCCAGUGGGAGGAGCUAUCCAAUGGACCGAUUGUCAUCUGGCAAGUGGACGAUCAGGACGUGCCUGUUUCGGACGUCCCGCCACCUGCGACUCCGUCGACGUCGGUCUUUUCUCCCUCUUCAACCGAUCUCCAAAUGCUCAGUCCCAUGACCAACGGCUCGACCCUGGCUAGUGACGACAUUGACACACCGUUGACGAGGUGGCAAAGCUCGCGAUCACAGUCAUUUCCCUGUCUUGGCGGACCUUGGCCGGACGAGACUCAGGAGAAUGCGGCAUGGGAUACGCUCGGCUUACAAAACAUCUCGCCAUCGCCAUCUUCCAAUGUCGUUGCCAAAGCUCGUCGACCUCCUGCUAGCAAGGGAAAGACUUCUCCUUUAGAGGGCCGGAGCAAAUCGUCUCCAAACACGACCAAAUCUUCGCCUACACCUCUGCGCAAGAAGCCGAGCCUUCCUCGAGCUGAGACAGCACUGGUCGCCGCGACUGAAACUCCGCCGAGACGCCGUGGACGACGGGGUGGGGUAGGGCGGUCGCGAGGGGGUACCAGCACGGCCGCAGUCGAAGCUACCCCUAAGCCUUCCCCAGUUCCCGCCAUCAGCCCGUCCCCCGACGGUUGGAUGACGGUCUCGACCAAGAAGCCCAAAGAACCGGUCAAGCCUGCCCGUAAUGCCGGAUCCAGCGGGAAGACCAAGAAGUAGGCGCCAAGACGAGAUACACGAUCUUUUCGCAUUUUGUAUCAAUCGAAAUCACGAAACGUCAAGCCAAAGAGCCUCGACCAUAUCUCUAUGCCAGCGGAAAUGAGCCCGCCCGUUCCUGUUCACGAUUGCAUAUCAUUCCGCAUGACGAAUAUAUGUAUGCAAUGUAGAACCGGUUAAUCGACCAUACAACAUGUUCUCUCGUACUUUAUCUUCCUUUCUCCGCUAUCCGCUUCACAGCUUAGCCUUGGAGGCAUCACCCUGAUCG